UCGAGAUUAUGUCCGACCCGGUUAUCCUCCAAUCGGGUCACACCUUCGAUCGAGUCUCAAUCCAACGGUGGAUUGAUUGACUCAAGCAACCGAACUUGUCCAAUCACUAAAAGCUCCCGUUAUCAGAAACCCCUUGUCUGAUUCUGUUCCUAAUCACGCACUUCUCGUAGCUUAAUCUCAAACUUGGCUCAUGUGGACUCAACAAGAACACUCUCAACAGUCUCAAUCCCAAAGCUUUAAUCUCCACCCUCGUCUCUCGAUCGUCUUCUAAUGCAUCAAAGCUCGAGUCUUUGAGCCGCCUUGUUCGUCUCACGAAGCGAGACUCGUUAAUCCGGAGGAAAGUUACUGAAUCAGGAGGCGGUUCGUGCGGCUUUGGAUGCGGAGAUUGAUUGCGACUGCGAUUGCCUCAUCCACGGCGAAGAAGAUAGCUUUCCCCCGAGGAAUAGGAAGAGGAUCUGCUUCUGCUGCUCGAGCUUUUUCUUGUUACCGAGAGAAACUGAGAGCUGGGCUUCAACUUCAUCACUCCUUGAGGUUUGAAGAUGCGCUUGAUUUGUUCUUUGAGAUGGUUCAGUCUCAACCCCUACCUUCCGUUGUUGAUUUCACUAGAUUGCUCACUGCUGUUUCCGAUAUGACAAGGUACGACACCGUCAUCUAUCUCUCCCAGCAGAUGGAGCUUUUUGGUAUUUCCCACGAUCUCUACAGCUUCACCGUUCUGUUGCAUUGUCUCUGCCGAUGCUCUCGUCUCUCUCUUGCUCUCUCCCUUCUUGGCAAAAUGAUGAAACUUGGGUUUUACCCCAGCAUUGUCACACUUGGCUCUCUCCUCCACGGAUUCUGUCUCCGCAAUAGAUUCCACGAGGCCUUAUCUCUCCUUGAUUCCAUGGCGAAAUCGGGAUACGAACCCAAUGCUGUUAUCUACAACACUCUCAUUGAUGGUCUCUGCAAGAACGGUCAUCUCAAUAACGCCUUGGAGGUUUUCAACAUGAUGGAAGACCAAAGGGAUCUUGUUACCUACAACACUCUCUUAACCGGUCUUUGUUGCUCUGGUCGAUGGGACGAAGCCUCUCGCCUUCUGAGAGAUAUGAUGAACAAGAGAAUUAACCCUGAUGUUGUCACUUUCACUUCAUUGAUCGAUGCUAUUGCUAAAGCAGGCAACCUUUCCGAGGCUCAAGAGCUGUACAAGGAGAUGAUACAAGCAGCCUCUGUCGAUCCUCCUAAUACUGUCACUUAUAACUCACUCAUCAAUGGGCUUUGCAUGCAGGGGCAUCUAUAUCACGCCAAAAGAACAUUUGAUCUGAUGCCAAGCAAAGGUUGCUUCCCAAACGUGGUGACAUAUAACACUCUCAUUAAUGGUUUCUGCAAGUAUAGGAGCGUGGAUUACGCGAUGAAACUCUUCCAAAGGAUGUCUCUUGAAGGAUUGGUUGGGGACACAUUCACUUACAACACUCUUAUCCAAGGUUAUUGUCAGGUUGGUGAACUUGGAGCUGCACUAAACGUAUUCAGCUUGAUGGUGUCUUGUCGAGUGACUCCUGAUAUUAUAACCCACUGCAUUCUGUUACAUGGUUUUUGUGUUAACGGGGAGAUUGAAAACGCACUGGCCAAGUUCGAUGAUAUGAGAAGAAGUGAAAAGUGUAUUGGUGUUGUUCCAUAUAACAUCAUGAUUCACGGGUUGUGCAAGGCGGAUAGAGUGGAAAAAGCUUGGGAAUUAUUUUGUGAGCUGCCUUUCCAAGGAGUGAAGCCUGAUGCUAGAACAUACACUACAAUGAUAUUGGGAUUGUGUAAGAAUGGGCCAAGGCGUGAAGCGGAUGAGCUGUUUAGAAAAAUGAAACAGGAUGGGAUCAUAUGCCAAUUGAAUGGCCCUUAGGAGGAGAGUAGAUAUCAUUUUUGGAAAUGUAAAAUGUGUGAUGAAGCAUGUAGAAACCUGAACUGAUUUUAGCAUUCUGUAUAUAAUAAGACUUUGUAUGUGUAUGUAUGUAUAUGAUGAUGACCAAACUCUUGAGUUGUUAGAAA